AUGGUAGUGGCAGUGCCCCUUCUGAACGUACCAAAAGAAGUGGAGGCCAAAGCAGAGCUGGAGGCCGAAGCAGAGCUGGAGGCCGAAGCAGAGCUGGAGGCCGAAGCAGAGCUGGAGGCCGAAGCAGUGCUGGAGGCCGAAGCAGUGCUGGAGGCCGAAGCAGAGCUGGAGGCCGAAGCAGAGCUGGAGGCCGAAGCAGUGCUGGAGGCCGAAGCAGUGCUGGAGGCCGAAGCAGUGCUGGAGGCCGAAGCAGAUCUCCACCACAGCCUGGACCUGUACUUCCUCAAGCCAGCUGGAACAGUGAACUGGAUUCCGAUGAUUGCCACCCGAAAAAGUUCAAGCCCAAAAGGACACCAGGGCACCAGCUUCAUGCAGUGGAUGGACUCGCGUGAAGUCUCCAUCUGCUCCACCAUCCAUCCUGCUUACACAGGUAAAACAGUGAGGCGGCGCUUCAAAGAAACCGUCGACAACUGGGUCACCAAAGACAUUCCCUGCCCACAGCCAAUCAUGGAUUACAAUAAGUACAUGGGAGGGGUUGAUCUGUCAGAUCAACUAAUUCAAUAUUACAGUGUUCACCACACCACCAAACGCUGGUACCGGACCCUAUUUUUCCACUUCAUGGACAUUGCAGCCACAAACGCUUACCUUUUGCACAAAGAGUUGAGCCAAGAAAAAGGGGACAAGCCAAUGACACACCAAGGCUUUUUAGAGGAGCUGACUGCCCAGCUCUGUGGUGUGUCAGUGAUGGUCCCUCCUGUAAAAGCCCCCGCACAACACUUGCCCGUGGCAAUAUCUGAACAGGAAGACCUGAAGAAGCGGGCAUCAUACGGGAGGAGAAGCUGUGCUCACUGCAGAGAGACUCGCCACAAAAGACAAGCUACCCCUUGGAAGUGCCUAGCCUGUGAUGUGGCUCUCUGCCUCAUAGCAGACAGAAACUGCUUCCAGGAAUGGCAUCAGGAGUAA